GGCCGCUAUAAGAGCGCCCGGGACUAACGCCGGGCUCGCGCCGCGCCUCCUCGCCGGCUCCCGCCCCUCCGCUCCUCCGCGCUCCAGCCUGCGGCGGUCCCGGCCGCCCGCGCCCGCAGCAGCAUGACAGAUCAGGCCUUUGUGACACUGACCACAAACGAUGCCUACGCCAAGGGUGCCCUGGUCCUGGGCUCGUCUCUGAAACAGCACAGGACCACCAGGAGGCUGGUCGUGCUCACCACCCCGCAGGUCUCAGACUCCAUGAGAAAAGUUUUAGAGACAGUCUUUGAUGAAGUUAUCAUGGUAGAUGUCUUGGACAGUGGUGAUUCUGCUCAUCUAACCUUAAUGAAGAGACCUGAGUUGGGCGUCACGCUGACGAAGCUCCACUGCUGGUCGCUUACACAAUAUUCAAAAUGUGUGUUCAUGGAUGCAGAUACUCUGGUCCUAGCAAAUAUUGAUGAUCUUUUUGAAAGAGAAGAAUUGUCAGCAGCACCAGACCCGGGGUGGCCUGAUUGCUUCAAUUCGGGAGUCUUCGUGUAUCAGCCUUCAGUUGAAACAUAUAAUCAGCUGCUGCACCUUGCUUCUGAGAAAGGUAGUUUUGAUGGUGGGGACCAGGGCUUACUGAACACAUAUUUUAGCAGCUGGGCAACAACAGAUAUCAAAAAACACCUGCCAUUUAUUUAUAACCUAAGCAGCAUUUCCAUAUACUCCUACCUCCCAGCAUUUAAAGCGUUUGGUGCAAAUGCCAAAGUUGUGCACUUCCUGGGACGAGUCAAACCGUGGAAUUACACAUACGAUCCCCAAACAAAAAGUGUCAAAAGUGAGUCCCAUGAUCCUACCAUGACUCACCCAGAGUUUCUCACCGUGUGGUGGGACAUCUUCAGCACCAACAUUUUACCUCUGCUUCAACAGUUUGGCCUUGUCAAAGACACCUGCUCAUACCUGAAUGUGCUUUCAGACUUGGUCUAUACACUGGCUUUCUCUUGUGGCUUCUGUAGAAAGGAAGAUAUCGCAGGAGCCGUAUCACACCUGUCCCUCAGGGAGAUCCCAGCUGUAGCCCAGCCUUUUGUAUCAUCCGAAGAACGGAAGGAACGGUGGGAACAGGGCCAGGCUGAUUAUAUGGGAGCUGAUUCCUUUGACAACAUCAAGAGGAAACUUGACACUUACCUACAGUAGAAACACUGCCAUUUUCCUGUGGACACAUCUCCUUCACUGGCACUUGUUUCUGAUACUUAGUAUCUAGAGCUGGGUGGAGAAAAGUCUUGCUAGAGGCUUUCACUAAAACUCAUCAGAUGAGUGGUUUUUGCAGGUAAGAGAACUGAGCAAUAGUUGUGAAGUAGCAAUUCUGCUAUAUGGACAGUGUUCUGCUUUUUAACCUAGAUUUAGCUCAUGUUCCAGCUAGCAUACAAGGAAGGGAAACUUCAAUAUUAAGCUGUUAAUGAUGACUAUGUCAACUCUUAAAUGUGCAAAACCAGACUCUCAAUCAGUCUCUCCCUUUGGAAUAGGGCAUGGCCUCUGUCCCUUGCUUGUUUAUCCUUCAUUAGACCUGCGUUUUACAACUGCCCAGUGGCUGCCAGUGAUUAUAAUUCUGCUUUCAGGUAAAGACAGCCUAUAGUAACACUGCUGAAUGAUUCGUAAACAUAUCCACAAAUGGUGUCAACUCAUUUUAUUUCCUAGUCUUAGUAUCUGAAGAUAUUCACCAAGCUAUGUACAGCAUGGCAACAUGCUAAAAUGCUUUUUGUUCAGUUCUGUGUAUCUGAUAAUAGCAGUGUGUUCUCUGAUGGUUACCUGCAGCGGCACCUCGUAUGAAAAAUAAAGAUGUAUUGCUGUA